GAAUAUAUUUAUAUAAAUCUAUUCAAGAUGGGCAUCAGAAAUGGACCUGCUCUGCAGUUACACGAAAUUGGAGUUGGAUGUAUUUUGUGGCUCCCACGUUACAGUGGCUCCAGUGGAGAUUUCCGACCCCUUUGUCAACGUCACACUGGGCCAGAAGAACAUUCACUGCACGUUGACGGAUUUGAUCAUCCAGUAGUUGUCCUCAACACUUACAACCCAAGUGAUUCGAUUCCUUCGAUUCAAUUUCUUACAGUAACUUCUCCAAUCAAAAUAAUCUUACAUAUUGUUUACAAAUCUUUCUAGUUGACUUCAUCGAAUAGCAGACACUCUACCCCACUUAGACAUGGAAGCUUUGCCCAGGUCGGAACAAAUUACUCGCUUGAGAAUCGCCAAAAUUUAUUGGUUGCAAGUCAUUUCCGACUGGAACAUACAUUUAACCUUAAUUUGUCAAGAUUUGAUGCGUACGAUUGGGGACAAGCAAGACCUUGCGAUUACCGACUCACUCAUCAAUCGUAUAUAAAACUGAUGGAAAAAUUGGGUCUUGAUGCCAGCUAUUUUCAUCCUACUUCGCAUAUCAAAAAGGGAUUGCUACAAACACCACCACCGGCUUCACCGCCACUUACUCAACAACUAAAAAUCAUGAAUCGAAGUCGCGCGAACAAUCUCUAUGCUUACUUAAAGUUAGAAGAAUGUUGAAUAUAAAUCGGCAGAGGAAUAACUAGGAAAGAUUAAUGUCCGGGACCAUACAGGGGAGUAUUGCGUGUUGAAUUUGAGAAUCAUUGCGGGUAUUCGCUGCAGGCGGUAGAUGCUGUUUUAUGUAGAGAUCACGAUUACUACAUUGCGAAAUAUAGCUUGUCGUAUUCAUGAUAAUUUUCAUGCCAAUGUUCA